UUGAAAGUUUUGGUUAUUUACACAUUAUUAUUGGGCAAUUAGUUUUGGUUUUGGUUCUGGUAAGUUCGUCGCUAUUUACACGUACUGUGAAAUUGAAUGUCAUAAUCUAUUCUUACCACCAGGCGUUUAAAACGGAGGUUUGGAUGAUGACCACGUUGAUUUUUUUGGCAGCCUAUUUCGUCCAUUUUGGAAAUGCGGGAUCUCCAUGCCCUCCCAAAGCAGACAUGGAUCCCUGGUUCUGCAUCAACACUCCCAGUUCACACCAAGACACCUAUACUAGCGUUAUCUGUAACAGACCAGGAUGCGAGAACCAUUUGGACAGGGUUGAUGGUGUAACAGAUCACAUGAUGCUGGACAGAGUGAUCAUUUCAGACGUCAACACUUCCGAGUCUCUUAUGCUACCAAAAGAGUGGCUAUCCGUAUCCCGAGUCCGAGAACUGGAGAUUCGUGACACACCUCUGUCACGUUGUUUUCUGUGUGAGAAUCCACUUAGUGGACAAGGAUACUACAUGAACAAGCUUGUUGUUUCCAACUGUUCUUUAAGUGGACAUCUUUGUACCAAUUGUCCAAAGAUUGGAAAAGCGGUUUACAAGCACGAUCGUUAUGAGAAAGUCUACCAAGUAAAUGGCAUAGACAUGAUAGGUCUUAAAGGUCUCAGGACCUUAGAAACACUCGAUUUGUCCUUCAAUAAACUUGAAGAAGUCACGAACACUUCCUUUCCUUAUGAUCUGAUCAACCUAAAAAAACUGGUUUUAUCACAUAACGUAAUAUCCGAAAUCAGUAGUAAGGCCUUUACCAUGUUUCGGGCUUUAACUACCUUGGAUCUUUCCCAUAAUCAACUACAAGUUCUUAGGAGAGAUGUAUUUUCUGUUCCUGAAUUUACUUUGAAAGUGCUGAACGUGAGACAAAACUCCAAGAUAACGAGCCGUGUUCGAAGUGAGUUCAAAAAUUUUCUGAAAAUUUUGAAACAGUGGGGAAAAGAAUUGAAAGACCAGGAAAAAGAAAAGGAGACUGAAAAUUAA